AGGUUCAGUUGAAGAACUGGCCAGCGAGUAGCGAGUUACCUCCCGUGCCUGUUGUCUCAGAGCCGGUCUUGGAUGUGUUGAAGGACGACAAAUGGGUGGACCGCUUCGCUCUCGUGGGUUCGCAACGCUGGACGCUGGGCAGAGCCGUAGGCGAAGUGGAUGUGGUGAUGAAUCAUCCGAGCGUUUCCAGGCAACAUGCCGCCCUUUCUCGCGGCUCCGCUGGGAUCUAUCUGACGGAUUUGAACUCGCAGCACGGCGUCUUCGUUCAAGGACAACGGAUCGAGAAGAACUUCCGGGUGCUCUUGAAGAAUGGCGACGGCAUCCGCUUCGGCACCUCGACCCGGCUCUACUACUACCAUGAGCCGAGGACGGAGCGAUCCAGCGAAUGAAGGAAAA